GCCUUAAAGAGGAAAGAAUUGAAAACAACUUAUUCCUACUGCCAAAGUUGAAUCCGUCUUUCACUAUGGGGAAUUUAUUUGCAAGCCUCUUUAAAGCAUUUGGCAAGAAAGAGAUGAGGAUCCUCAUGGUGGGUCUCGAUGCUGCUGGUAAAACAACAAUCCUGUACAAACUCAAACUUGGAGAAAUUGUAACUACCAUUCCAACUAUAGGUUUUAAUGUUGAGACAGUCGAGUACAAGAACAUAAGUUUUACAGUGUGGGAUGUCGGUGGUCAAGACAAAAUUAGACCGUUGUGGCGUCACUAUUUCCAGAACACACAGGGUCUCAUCUUUGUUGUGGACAGCAAUGACAGAGAGCGAGUGAACGAAGCCCGCGAAGAACUGAUGAGAAUGUUGGCAGAGGAUGAACUACGAGAGGCAGUCUUAUUAGUAUUCGCUAACAAACAGGACCUCCCAAAUGCUAUGAAUGCGGCCGAACUCACAGACAAGUUGGGACUGCACUCCCUCCGCCAUAGAAACUGGUACAUCCAGGCCACCUGUGCCACCAGCGGAGACGGUCUCUAUGAAGGACUGGAUUGGUUGUCUAAUCAGUUAAAAAACCAGAAAUAGGCCUAAUCAUCAUAAUCCACUGUCCUCCUCAACUCACAUAUACCCUUUUCACUCUAUCGUGCUGACUCAAACCGUACGGUGGCUCAGAUGAUUUUCUUUCACGUUGUCCUUUCCUGCAUGGUUCUAGCAACUGUGUGGUAGAAGAGUUACCAGGCUGGCGCAGUACAGCCCUGCUGGCGCAGUACAGCUCUGCUCGUCUCAGUUUGGCUCGGCUCAGUAGUGUGAAAAGUGUAACACUGUAUCUUCUCUAUCUUUGCUUUGUACUCUUCUGAUGUUGAAAAUUAAGUUACUUUUGUCAAAAGUACCUACUGGAAAGCUGCCCU